UCUGUGUAAAUAAACUGGAAAAUUUAUUUUCAGGUAAAAUGUCUGGAGGACGAAAGGAAACUGAGAAACUGGAACAGAAUCUACAAAUCCAGUUGGAUAGAUUGCUAGAACAGCUGGCAGAUAUAGAUGCUACAAGGGCUGAAAUGGAUGAAGAUGAGUAUACGCAGUUCAGACAAGAUACACUAGAUCAGUUGUCGGAGUUUGAAAGAUCUCUUGGUCGAAUGCUAAGCGGAGAUAUGAGUUUAGUUGAUGGUGUAUCGUCUAUAAGGAUGGCUACUCAGGCCGCUAUCGCUGAGGCGUCCAAAGCCCCGGAAAUCCUGAAAAUGUUCGCCAGGAGGGAACCGCAAAGAUACAGAGAGAAGCUUCAAGACCUGGACAGAGAUUAUCAAGUUGGGAAAUUAGAUCAGAAAGUUUAUGUGCCUAAAAAACUGGAGAUCUUGAAUUCUUUGAUAAAAAGCGGGGAAGAGCUGAGUGAAGAAGAGAAAGAAUUUCUGAAGAAGAACUCCGACAAAUCAAUUAGAAAUUUUGCCCGUGCAAAAACCGAACUGAGAAAGGAUGCUAUUCUUUCACUAAAGGAAUGUUAUUAGACAGCUAACAUGUUUAAAACAAUACUCAGAACUAGAACUUAUUAUUUUUUGAAAUAUUCACAAUUAAUGUUCUAAACAACUGCGUUUUCAAGAUAUAUUCGAUUUUCCGAAUUUUUUCUCAUUUUUUAGUUUUUAACAAUUAUUUCAAUCUUCAUCACAUGUAGGUUUGUUACUUUCUAUUUCUUUCUACAAAAACAUAUUUAAAUCAUCCCAUCUUCUCCUUUUACCCCAGGCUUCCCCCCCCCCAUCACUUUUUCAUUCAAUUCCCUUUUUUUUGUGUUAGCACUUUAUACUAGGAACAAUUUAAGAAAAGUAAAUUCUUAUUUUUAAUUUCUAAAUUGUCUGAUUUACAUGUGAUAUAAUUUUACCUCAAUUUUACCUCUCUGUGAUUAUAUAUGUUCAGUCUGUGAUAAACUGAUUUUUCAUUGAACUAUUCUCAUAUUUUAGCAAUUUUAUUUCAGAA